CAUUGGGCAUAUGCUGGGUAGCUGUUAGAAAUGUUUGCUUCACUUAGUUUGUUGAUGUUUCUUCUGUUUAGCCACGAGCUGUUGGGAUUAAACUCUUACGCUGAGAUAAUAGACAAUUCAAAAUGCAAAGAGGUCUCCGACAGCGAGCGAUUCCCAGGUCUUUUUCUAGACAGCGACAGCCUCUACAGUCUGAUACACAACCACAGCAGUUUUAUGAGCGGUAUAUUCCAGAUUCAAAAUGAGAGCUUGACCACGCACUGGCCAAAAGAUAGCAACGAUGUGACCAAUCAACAAAGCCGUAGAGGAGCGGAUCCAUGUUGUGUCACCGUCAUGACUGUAACCACACCAUGGUACGUCACAUCGGUGUAUGACAACCUAAGUUACAGAGUCAAACACCUCACCUCGACCUAUCAGCUUCUAAAUCAGGGAAAGUGCGCUGCGCUAGGCUCCCCUUGUACACUAUCUGGUACUUGCCAGCUGAGGAACAGAGUCCAGUGGAUCCUUGUAGAGAAGGACGACGGCACCGACACCUUUGUCCCGGUUAACGCCGGCAACGACUGUUACUGUCAGUACCAUUAAAAUGUUACUGUCAGUAUUACUAAAACGUUACUGUCAGUAUUAUUAAAACGUUACUGGUACCAAUAAAACGUUACUGUAAGUGUCAUUAAAA